AAUGCAUUGGUUUCCAUUGACGUCACAGUUGUUUAGAAAUGGCCGCCUAGGACUAUUGGAGCCAGUGCCCUGAAAUUUUCGAUUGUUACAUUUAAAAAAUUUGAGGCAGACUAUAACUUGAUUGUUGUAACAUAGAGAAUGGAAGAAGAUCCAAAGAAAAAAGAUCGAAGGAGGCAAAAGAAGAUGGACACUAAAGCUGAUAGUAGGAAACCUUCAGUUUCAGCAGACGGUCGACAACAAUCAGCAGACGUUGAGAAUGAAACAGGAAAACCUGUUGUUACACCACCACAAGAAGAAGAAUUUCCAACAAAAUUUAGAAAGCAAGAGCCAAAAACUGAAACCAAAAGAACAGUUGAAGUUGAAAAAAGAGAAAAUCAAACAACAGAAUUUACAAUGGUUGAUCCAAAGGAAUACGGCAUUGAAAUUGAGGAAGAGGAAUUUAAAUUUGAACCACCACAAAGAGAUGAUACAUUACCAGACCUACGUAGACUGAUGGACUCAUUAGAGGAUGGCCAAACCGACUUGGAGGCAAAAGACGACCCUCCAGCACUUUUUACAGGACCAACACACAUACCAAGUUAUACCAAGAUUUCAGAAUUAAAACUAGAGAUUGAGAAGUGUGAGUUAGAUCCAUAUCUGGAUCAUUUUGAAGAAGGUGUUAAAGAUGAAGUAGUAAUGCUUGGUCAGAUUUCUCUUGAAGAAGUCCAAGAAGAAGAAAAACGACUCAGAGAUGAACAUAUAGAAUACCUUGAUCAAGAGGCAAAAAGAAAGCGAGACCUGCAAGAAGAGGUGUUACAACGUGAAGAAGAAGCUAAGAAAAGAUUAGCUUUACUUACCAAACAGAAGAGAGAUGACAUCGCUAGGAGAGAGGAGAUACUGAGACAAAAGGAGAAAUUGUUGAUGGAUAGACUACACAGAGCCUAUAGAAGAGCUGAAAGUCAACUUAUCAGUACUCUAGAGAGUCGUAAAGGGGAAGUCAAAACAUUUUAUGGUGAUUUAAUGCUGGCAGAUGGCACGUAUGGUGGGAGUAAAGGUCGAAGGUGGAAGGUUGACUGGGACAAAACCCCACAACCUAUUCAAGUGAAACUAAAAUGUCUGAGAGGUGUUAGAGAGAAGCUUCCAGGUGGAAGGUAUGUGUUAAUGGUUUCCCUUUACAACAGACUUGGAGGUCAUGUUUUAAGAUGGUCAAAGUUGAAAGGCCAGAUGUGGGGAGCUGCAACCCUCCCCAUAGAUCAUGAUGGACAGUUCUAUAAUGUGGAAAUGAAGAUGGACCAGAGUGUGUUUACAGUUCUUCCUGCCAAAGCAUCACUGAGACCUGGUAUGGUACUGACCUUUGAACUAUUCUUGUUACGAGGAUCUGUAGUAGCAAAAGACAGAGUUGUUGCAUGGGGCUCAUUUCCAAUAUGUGAUGGCCAAUUUGAUGUUAUAGAAGGAAAGUAUAGAUGCCCAAUGUUGCGUGGAGAAAUGGACCCCAUUUUAGACAAACAUGACAAGAUAGAAGAACUAAUGGCAUCUGAUCUGGAUCACUGGAUGUCUAAUCUCUACUUUGAAAUCAUAAAGCUUCCUAGAUACUUGGCAGGACAAAAAGAACAUGAAGUGGAAUUACAUUUUACGUCUGGGUUGAUAGGAUACCCUGACCGAGUGAGAUCAGCUGAGGAGUAUAGAGAUGGAGAGAAACCACUUCCUGGUUCAAUAUCUACCAUGGCCUCGGAUGAUGGAUCGUCAACAAGUUUGAGUCCAACAGACUCUGGGACUAUUGAAGUGAGAUCUGAAGCAACAACUUCCAAAGUUAAACUGGCAGAUAAAAACAAGAGUAAAGAGGCUCAAGCAACUACUUAUGGUUCUCGUAUCCUACACAAAGACAGGAAACUAAACAUGGCUAUAGGUGAUAGUUCUGAUGAGAGUGAUGAUGAACUGGCUGACCUAGCCAUCAGAAAAGAGGAAGAUUUUAAUCCUGUCAAGGGCAUGCCUGGCAUGUAUUACAAGCAAUACAACAGCAAACCUGUUGAUCUUUAUCACAAGAAAUUGUAUUCAAUGCUGCCUAAAACUCCAUUACUGGCUCCAAACAUGAAGAAGAAGAAGUUGACACAUGUUGAAGAACUAGAGGAACAUUCCUUUGCAGUUCAACCUGCUUUUGCUGGAAAAGGUAGACUGGCUAGAAGUAGUCAUGAGAAGCUACAGUAUGUUGGUCGUCAGUUCCUAGCAGAACUUGGAUUAUCACAGUGGAGAAGUAGAGAAUUCUGGGGCAUGCUGUUGAUGUUUAUUAUUGUGUUUUUCCUCAGAAUGUACAUGCAUUAUAUUGGACAGUGGUUAUUCCUCAAUGCUAUCAGUAUACCAAUCAAUAAGUUCAACUUUCUGCCGUACACUGUGGAACUGAACUAUCAAAGUAACCUGAUGAAGACCAGAGAAGAGAUAGCAGUGGUUUGGUUAGGUCCAAUUAUGAACAUUGUUAUUUUCAUUUUGUUGGUGAUAUUUUGUUGGAUAUCUCAGAAGUUGUUUGGACUUUUCCCUGACAUUGGUUGUAAAUUUACUGUGGCUUAUGGACUGAUGACUCUGCUGGAUCCACUCUUUAUAAUGAUUGUGGAUUGUAUUUUGAAGCGAUACAUUGAUGAUGCAGUAAACCCAGAGGCAGACUUCAUGAAGCUUUACUGGCACUUUGAAAGGGCAGAAGGUUCAGGACUGGCAGGCAUAUUUAUUACCUCAUUCCUGUACUUAUUUACCAUGUUCAUGACAGCCUCUAUUAUCUACAUGUAUUUCCUAAGGCUGCACAACAAUGGAAGAAUGUUGGAUGUUUACUGGCGUCUACAUGGAGCAGAGGAUAACUUCUUCAAUCCUUAUGACCUUGAAGUAUCCAAUCAGGAGCUGAACUAUAUUGUUAAGAAGUCUGAGGCCUGGAGAGGAGAGGAAGGGGAGAGAAGAAAGACAGCUGUAUAUGAUUAUAUUUGGGAAGAGGAAGAUGUUGAAGAGAGUAUUUGGGAUGAGCAAGGAGUGGAGCAUCGCGAGGUAAAACAUGGUCGGAAGGAGAUCACAACACAUGUCUCUAUCCAUACCAUACACCUGGAUGGUCUCAGAGAACUGUACAGACAUUUCCUUAGACUACCUGAUGGUGGUGUCGUAGAGAUAUUUGGUGAUAUAGCAAUACCUGGUAUGGACAAGGAUAUAAAAUUUGCAUUGGAGAAAGGAGCAAAAAGGAUUGAGAACCUAGGAUCACAGACCAGCUUUAACAGGAUUCGUGGACGCCACACAUCCAUGUCUAAAAGUGGGUUUGCAGCUCCAGAUUCACCAACGUCCAGCAGUUCAGGAUCCAUCAGGAAGAAGAAAAUGGCUUGAAGUCUUAUUGUACAAUUCAUUUCUGUCUGACUGAAAAAAUAUUGUCACAUUAUGUUUAAUAUCUUUGACAGUUAUCCUUUGGCAUAGUAUAUUAUUUCCAUUUAUGUUUAUUCCUUCCAAAAUAUGCAGGAAUUUGAUUUUUUUUUUACUUAACAUUUGAAUUUUAUGUAAGAAGUUAACAGUAGAGACUUUGACAACUCUCUAUUAUUAUUAUAGUACAACAACUCACAUAUUAACCUUGUCAGUCAGUUCAUUUGUCUGCACAUCUAGUUGUUAGUUCACAACUUUCUUAUUUAUACUUAGCAUUUAUUAUGAGAAAUGGUAGUUGGUCAAUUAUCAGAUCAGUAAAAAUAUUUUCAGAACAAAUUCAAAGCUACCAUCUUCUUUAAAACACUUAUUUUUGUCAUUCUCAAUAUUUGCUUUUCUGUUGUUUUUAUUGUUCAACUGUUUAAUAUGCCAUACAUUAUAAAUCAGUUGUCUUUUUCAAUGUACACUUUAUAGCACGAGAAGAAAAAGCUUAGAAAAUUGGUAAUUGAAAAAUUAACAGUCAAUCUUCUCUCAAUUAUGAUCGUCUGUUUUCAUUUUUGUUUGUUUACCUUAUGUGGACCAUAUUGUUUCAUAAUUGUUACAGUAAUAAACAUGAGGGGGAUAGGACCUUUAUCAGGACUCCGGAUCGGGUGUUUUCAAGCUCAGAAUUUCAGAAUUGUCCCUUUCGGGAUCAGGGAUUUUUUUUUUUUAAUUUAGGGAUGUCAGGAUUUAAAUUUAUUUAAAUUCGGGACCUCAGGAUUUCAUGUUUUUAGCCCGGGAUUUUUGGAUCAGGACCCAGGACCCCUCCUUACCCCCCUUCCCUAACAUAUUGUCGAAAUGAAUAUAUAAAUUACGAAGAAAAGUUAUUUGCUAUCCUAAUGCUAGAAAGCACAGGAAUCAUUAUACAUGUACUAUAUAUAUAGAGAGAACUAUUUAUCCCGCUAGAAGUUUUGUAGUUUUUUUUUUAUAUUUUAUUUUAUAUCUUUAUAUUCAUAUAUAUAUAUAUAUAAAUUCCGUCCGAUAUUUUCUGUAAAAAUGAUUGUGUAUUACAAUUGUAAAUUUAUUAAUUUUUCAAAAAUAUUGGUUCUUGUUUUUGAAUUGUUUAUUCCACAACUAAAUAUAUACUUAAUUAUUUGGUCAAUUUUGUAAAGCUAUUUCAUAUGCCAAGUUUUUUUCCUUUUUCUUAUGAACUAAAUUAAAUCAGUUUACAGCAGAUUCUAUUGUGGAAGUUUAUUCCUAAUUGGACUUCUUUUCUUUUUGUAAUUAAGUAAGGUACAUGAAACUUUAAAAAAUAUUUUUAUUUUGCUUUUCUAUUUGGCUAGAAAAUAUGAAUUGUCUGAAAGAAAUAGAACGUAAAGUAAUACAUUUGUCAAAUUUAUAUGAUUGUUUUACAAGCUGCCCUAAAUAGGUUAAAGGUCAUUUAAAUUGUUGACUGUAGUUUGAUAAAACAGAAGUGAUACAUGUAUCAUCAAAUAAUAUUAAAUAUUUGGCAUACAUAUCUUUCUUUGAAAGAAAAGGUAUGAUUAAGCAGUUUUAUUCUGCUUCAUGAAUUUGAAAAUCUUUGAAUCCAUGUUUUUUUUUAAAGAUCUUUCAAGUAUACUUUACAAAACUUGGAUCUGACUAAAUUAGUACAUUAUUUAUUUUUUAUACAUCGAAAUGGUACCAAAAAUACUUAAUAAUGUCUCAAGUAACAUUUUGAAAUGAGCUACAUGUGUAUCCAGGAAAGAGGUUUUUCUAGAAGUUGUCUUAUACAAAUAUGUUAAUGAGAAAUUCCUAUAUCGUUAAUUGGAAGAUGGGGUUCAGGUAUUGCUUACAUUUUGUUUUUUUAAACAAAAUGUUAUCUGUAAGAAUGAAAUAGGUUAUGGAUUAGUCUCCCUUUAUUGAGAAUUUAAAGAGAAGUUUUUAUGGCUAAAUACAGAUUUACACUUUAUAGAUUUUUGUCCAUAUGAAAUGAUUUUCAUUGUAUUAAUAUAAACAUGUAUUCUCCAUCAGAUAUUUAACAAGUUAUUUUUAUGUUCCAGGAAGUGUAAGAAUCAAAAUGAAUGAAAAGAUGAUUUAAAUGAGAACAUAGGCUACUGUGAUAAAAUUAUUGUUGAAUUGUUGAAGGUUUUUAUUUUUAUUUGUUAAAAAUGUUGUGGACAACAUGAAAAGACCUAAGCUGGACUUAGAGAUUAAUUUGUGAUAAUUUAUUUUAACUAUUAUAGACGUUUAAUAUUAUAUUUUAUUAACACAUAUCUUUUUAAUGUUAAUGACCAUUCAUUGAUAGCUUUGUAUGUACACUGAUUUGUGCAAUAUAAACUUUGCAAUGUUUCACUCACUUAUAAAACAGUUUUACCAAGUUUGAAAAAAGUAAUCUUCCCGACUAAACAUAUUAUAAACAUAUUUUGAAGAUAGUAAUUUCUUUCAUAUUUAAUAAUGAAAAAUUUAAAUUCACAUGUCAGAUAUCAAAACUUUCAACAUUUUUAGAUCCAAUUGAUUAUAAUUAUAUGUAAUAAUAAUGUUGUAUAUCAAAAUGAGUUAAUUUCAAUGAAGUUGAUAAAACUGAUUUAUUCAUGUAAGAAUAUUUUCUUAUCCAUCUGUCAAGCAUUUUAUAUUUAGUAAGUAGAAUUAAACCAAUUCUAUGACACAAGGAUACAACACUCCAGUAGUGUUUGCUGCUGGCAGCCUCAAGUUUUUUUUAUGAAUAAAAUAUUAACAAUUUA